AAAGUUAUUGCCGAUAGAGAUUGUUUCAUAAGACCUUGAAUUGUACACUAUUAUCGAUAUGCGUCUCAAAGCCGUUUUAGUUUUGUUUAUUUUUACAUGUAACUGUGCAAGGACAUACGGUAAUGAAAAAUGUUACUUUGCCAAGAUAUGUAUUCAUGACGCAAAAGAAAAAUGUGGCGAAGAUGAAAAAGGAAAUGUCAGACGAUUCUUAGAUUCAUGUGAUAUUAAAGAAUACAACUGCUUGUAUGGAACAGAUUACAAGAAAACGGCUCUUGAAAAUUGCAGGGAAGUGAUUCCCUCCAUCCAAGACAUUCAAGAACAAACGACACAUCCUUCAACAAAUACGGAGAAGUUUAAAGAGGCAUCUGAAGAAAAAAGUUCCACACAAGCUCAAUCAGAACAUGAAGUAUCAGAUAAGGAAAGCGUAUCUCAACAUCAAAGCUCUAGAGAAACAACAGAGGAUAAGCAAACACCAAAUCAAAUUGAUCUCGACGUAGGGUCUAACGCAAAAGAAUCUAUGGAACAAGAAGAGAAUGGCUCAAACCUAAAAGAAUCUAAAGAAGAGCCAGAGCUAAGUUAUGUAACCAAUGCAAAUGAAACUGAAGUAAAUGCUGACUCAUCACAUGAAAGCAGUAAUGAUAAUACAAAGAAAAUUUAAAAAAAUAUGCCUUUUACUAAUAUUCUAAUAAUAUCCAAAUAUUUAAGAGUACAUGUAGACUUAAGAAGUAUAGAAAUAUUACUAUUAUAUUUAAGAAAAGGAUGAUGUAUAAACUUUUUAGGCAUAUUGAUUUUGCAACAAUCAUUUAUUGCUAUUCACUACUUGUAGAGUAAAAUAGUAAAUAAUAACAAUUAAAAUAGGUAUAAAUACAUAUUUGUUAACAUUUACAUUACAACUGACAACGAAAUUAAAGGCUCAUAAAAAAUCUAAAAGUAUAGAUAGCCAAAGCUAAAAAAAUAAUAAAAUUAAAGCGUGCUAAAUUAAACGAAAACGUUAUACGGCGUUUACAAGUUCUAAUAACUAAUAUUCAUUAAAAAUAAUUAGAAAUUGCAAUUAUAAUAUUAAUACCAAA